AUGGGUCUUGGAAGCUAUUUCAAAGCGAGCACCAAAAAGGCUGAGCAGGAAACUCCUGCACCACCGCCGCCAGCCAAACUGGCGCCUCCUCCUCGGUUACAACAUGAAGGUCGGCAGUCAGUACUAUCAGAAAAGUCGCCAUCGUCCGCGUCCGUCAACGAUAUGGACCUCCAGGCACCUACGCCUAGAUUUCAUUCCCGUCCUCAGUCUAGCUCUGGCACAUCUACUCCAUCAAUUCAGAGCUCCCUGUUUCUUGAUGAUAUCAAACAUGAGGUCAUGGUCAACUAUCUGUACCAGCAGCAGUGCUCUCAGCUCUGGGUCAGUGAUGGAUCUGGAGAGAUUGAGGGAGUUUUGCUUCGUAAGGCUCGGGGCCACUACAUGGCUUGUCCUGCGCAGCUCGCCAGUUCUCCCUUUGCUUUGGCAUGUGCCGCUCUCAACGUCCAGUGUGCCAUGACUGUCAACUCUCGUGUCAUCAAAACGUUCCUGCAAUGGUCUCCAGAUGCUGUUGAUGUACCACUCAUGAACGGCCUACGUGUACAAAUUCUUCCCACAAUUGAUGACUUGCCGCGUGCUCGCAAGUAUCAAUUCGCCGCUUUUGUCGCUUCUGAAGGUCUCUUGGUCGUUUGGGACGACGAUGCUCUUCAUUUGGUCGCACGCGCCAAGGCCAUUGAAUCCGAACUUAUGGAGCUGGUCUGGAAGGCUGGUAACCCGGAUGAGGAAGAAAACGACGAAAAGCGAGGUCCGCCCGCGGCUGAAAUUGAGAUUGACGAAGAGAGUGGCGAAAUCAUACCUGAAAAGCGGCCUAUCCAUCUCCAGAACACGGUCCUCGUGUCUCUCACUCUGGCUCUAGUUACUGUUUCUCUUGGUGCUGCCUGGAGGCAGUUGGCUAUUGAAGUCUCCGUCGACAGCACAUACAUACGCCUUGCGCUCGUUGCGCUGGCUCCUGUUCAAGUGUUUUUCACUCUGUUUUUUGCCCAGGUUAUCAUUGGUUGUCUGGCUCAAAUCUUCGGUCCCAUUCGCCAGCUUACCAUCAACUCCAAGUUUUAUUCUGCUCGUCCUCCGCCGCGUCUGCAGAGUGCCAUUCUACCUCACGUCACUAUCCAGUGUCCUGUCUACAAGGAAGGUCUGCAAGGUGUCAUUAUGCCAACAGUCAAGUCUAUCAAACAGGCCAUGUCUACAUACGAACUCCAAGGCGGCUCUGCAAACAUGUUCAUCAAUGACGACGGUCUGCAGCUGAUUUCUGAAGAAGAUCGCCAGGCUCGCAUUGAGUUCUACGCUGACAAUAGCAUUGGCUGGGUUGCUCGUCCAAAGCAUGGAGAAAACGGCUUUACACGCAAGGGCAAGUUCAAGAAGGCUUCCAACAUGAAUUUUGCUCUUAUGAUUUCCUGCAAGGUCGAAGAGAAACUUCAGGCAAUUGAACGUCCCCCUGAGUGGUCCCAGAAUGACGAGGCGAUGGCGUAUGAGGAAGCUCUCAAGGAAGUCCUGGAGGCUGACGGUCGCGCCUGGGCAGAUGGUAACAUCCGUAUGGGAGACUACAUCCUGCUUAUCGACUCUGAUACUCGUGUUCCCGCUGACUGCUUGCUUGAUGCUGUUUCUGAAAUGGAGCAAUCUCCCGAUGUCGGUAUCAUGCAGUUUUCUUCCGGUGUCAUGCAAGUUGUCCAUACUUACUUCGAGAACGGUAUUACCUUUUUCACCAAUCUUAUUUACUCUGCCAUCCGAUACACCGUGUCAAAUGGUGAUGUUGCACCAUUCGUCGGUCACAACGCUAUUCUCCGCUGGACUGCCAUUCAACAAGUCGCGUACCAGGAUGAAGAUGGAUACGACAAGUUCUGGUCAGAAAGCCACGUCUCGGAAGAUUUUGAUAUGUCUCUACGUCUGCAGGUCAAUGGAUACAUCAUUCGUCUGGCUGCUUGGGCUGGUGAAGGUUUCAAGGAGGGCGUGUCUUUGACUGUCUACGAUGAGCUUGCUCGAUGGGAGAAAUACGCAUACGGCUGCAACGAGCUUCUGUUCCACCCUAUUCGAACUUGGCUUUGGCGCGGUCCCUUUACUCCCUUGUUCCGCCGUUUCCUAUUUUCCAACAUUCGAUUCACGUCCAAGGUCACUGUCAUUUCUUACAUUGGUACCUACUAUGCUAUUGGAGCCGCUUGGAUCUUGACUGCGGUGAACUACUUCGUGAUGGGAUGGUUCAAUGGCUACCUGGACAAGUACUAUGUCGACUCAUGGCAGGUCUGGUUCUCCAUCAUCAUUGUAUUCAACGGCCUUGGUAACAUUGCUUUGGCCGUCAUGCGCUACCGUGUUGGUGAGCGCGGCUUGCUUUACGCCCUGUUUGAGAAUUUCAUGUGGACUCUAAUGUUGGCCAUUUUCCUUGGUGGUUUGUCGCUACACGUCAGCCAAGCUCUGCUGGCUCACAUGUUUGAGAUUAACAUGACGUGGGGUGCCACCAGUAAAGAAGCUGAAUUUUCCAACUUUUUCAUUGAAGUUCCCAAGGUUUUGAAAAAGUUCAAAUUCUCAAUGAUCUUCUCUCUGGUAUUUAUUGUCGGCAUGAUUAUUCUUGCUCAGGCACCGUUUGUCCCCUAUGACUGGCAAAUCAAGGAUUUCGUUGCCAUUCUGCCCAUGGCCACUGUUGCAGCUUCUCAUUUCCUUUUGCCUCUGGCCUUGAACCCUGCCCUCAUGACCUUUUCGUGGUAA